AGUAACUCUCACAGCUCCUCACACGUACGAGUACGAGAAAAAAAUAAACAAAUUAACGUGUACGACUUUAUCUGUUGUUGUGCACAGUCUAAUUUCAAGACUUUCACACUUCUUAAACCGUUUGAAGUUUCAGCUUCUUUUUAAACAGCGGUUGGCAUAAAGUAAUUGUCCCCCUCCACCUAAAAAAUGUCAACGCUGAACACAAAGACGAGGUUGUUGAUAUUGAUAGACGACAUGGAACUCAUAUCAAGAGAGCUUAUUGAAUUGAUGAGCACACCUAAAAGUCAGCAAAAACCAGACGCACCAGACACAAUCAGUCUGAUGGAGCUGUUGAUUGAGCGUGACAACGAACUCAAGUCUGUCUUGCAACUAGCUGAAGAACAAGCUCAAAUACAGAAAGUGAUGGAUGCACUCAAAUUUGAAGUUGACAAGCGUGACACAGAAAUCAGAUCUCUUCAGCGAAGCUUGAAGGAAGCUGAAACUAUACUGGCAACAGGCAUCUAUCAAGCCAAACAGAAGCUAAAGGCUAUUGAUCAGGCUAAUCAAAGGACUGCUUCAUCAGAAGAGAUCAUCAAGUUUGCUCACAGAAUCUCUGCUAGCAGUGCAGUAGCAGCCCCCAACACAUGGGGGCCAGGUGACCCACGUCGACCAUACCCUACAGAUCUUGAAAUGAGGCAGGGAUUUUUGGGGAUGGGCACCUUUCCAGACCAUCAGAAGCACACACACAUACCUCAAACUGCUACAGAGCAACAUUUGCCCACAACCCCACAGAUCAGUGCCUCGUCACUGUCAUGGCAGCCAUCCCAGGAAGUGGCUAUGACCCUGACCUCAGGUGGGGCAUCACAUCAUAGUGUUCAUGACCUCAAAGGUCACAACAAAGAGAAUGAAGAUGUCGAACUGAUGUCAAGUGAUUCAUCCAGCAGCAGUUCAAGUGAUGAAUAGUUCCAUCAAGAGGAGAGGCCACUGUUCCGCUGCAAGGUCAUUUUCUUGAAUGAUCUGUUCAAGCAUUUUGCUGCUAGCAUUGUCUGGGGUCUGUUACAAGGCAUGCUAGCUGUCUGUGGAUGGGUUUGUAUUUGAUACCCCAUCUGCCAACCAUUAUUGUCAGUCAAAUUUAGUGAUUUCAUUGAAAAUAAUGUAAUUAAAAUUUUUAAUUAUACUUGCAGACAUAAUGAGAACAUGGUCUUUCUUGACAAAUGUGUAAUCAUUUUAUCUGUCAGGGCAUUUGUCUACACCUACAUGGGUGAUUUUCUUUUGUGUGUACUUCUUGGAAAUAGUUCAUGCCUUAGAACCAACAUUAACACUGGAAGAAUUCAGACUGAAAAGGAUUCAGUAAGUUGUUCCUAGUUCCAGUUUACAGUUGAUGAAUUUUCAUCUUAGCUAUUUAUGCACUUCAAUUCAUAAAGUAUUUAGGUUAAUGACUCAUUGUCAUUUGGGUGUUUGUUGACAGCCUGCUGAUAAAACCAAGCUCUGUUGUAGAACCUGGUUUUACUGCUAGGCCUGAUUAUAAAUCUUGUAUGCUAUUUUAUGCGGUGCUGAUGGGAGCUUUCAAUGGGCACAGAAUAUAUCCAGCUGGCACACCUGCACCAUUUUUAUGUAUCACUUUGGCCACCAGACUGGUCACAGCUAAGAGACCCAGAGAGAGAGCUUUCACUGCUGGAAGUCAUAAUCUGCUGAAUGUUUUACAAGUUCAGUACUUCAUGUCAUGCUCAUAAUGUAUGACACUGCCAUCAAGGAUUAUAUUAACGGCAAUGGGAGGCCUGGUUACAGAACUCUUGGACCAGUUUUAUAAUUUGUAUUCUUGCUUUCACACAUCUCACGCAAGCCUUUAAUUCAAUUAUGUGAUUGUGUGUUCAUUUUUGGCUGCAAUCUUCAUAUGUAAGUGUGUGUGUCUGUGAGAGAGAGGGGGCGGGGAGAAAGAAGGAAUGAAAGUGAUGAUAGUAAUAAUUGAAUACAUAAAGCCAUUUUUUACAGUGGCAGCAAGCUCAGUGUGCUGUGCACCAAAGAUGAAAAACCGACAGAAACAAAAAAACAAAGUAAAAAAUGUGAAUUAUAUACUGGUGAGUGCAUGGACAAAGAUUGGGAGGAGUUCGAUGGAUCAUGAAAGAGGUGGGUUUUGAGGACAAACCUGAUAUUUUUGAACACAAGAACAAGAUAAAGGUGAAUAGAAUUCUAAACAUGAGGUUUUGCUCAGUUUCUUUUGUUUGAUUCAUGUAAGAGAUAAGUUUGCUGUUAUACUAUAGUAUUCAUAUAGUAUACUUUUGUGUUUUUGACAAGCCUUAAAAGUAAUUAUCUUCCCUUCUGGCAAGAAAGGUAUGACAGAAAACAAAGGCAAAAACAGAUUUAAAAGGCAAAUAUUUCAUUUGUGUAUUUUUACUUGCUUGAGGAAGUGGGGAGAUAUGUGUUUUAUGAUGAGCCAGCAACUAAGACUACAUCACGGCAAAGCUUCCAGCCCUGUAAACAGAUGCCACAUGCAGAGAAAGAACAGUGUGCCCAAGACGAGAGCUGAAACUAAGACAGCCAACCUUCUCUGUAUUAGUGACGAGCUAACUGCUGUGCCAUCAGACUGCCCCAGAGGCUAAGUUGGUGAUUAUUAAAACCCAGCUCUUGCAUUUUACUAGUGCCAGUGGCAAUGGAUUACAUUAACAUUAACGAACUUGCAGAAGUAUGACAACUAUAUCAUGUAAGUCAGUUUGAUGCUUGAGUUACUGGAUUUGUUGACAUUUAACCAUAAAUUCAGCUGCUUUUGAACAUGCACAUCAUAUCUGUAUUGCCAAAACAUUUUCAAUAAAAGGACACCCAGUACAUUUUCUGCA